CUCGUGGUCGUGAAGAAAAAUCUUAUUAGAAAGAAAGAAUUUUAAAAUCGAAAUGGCGAUUUGUGUGGUGAUGAGACAAAGAUUGCUAUGAAAUGGGUUUGUUGGGGAUUUAAUUCGAUAUAUGUAUUUGUGGAGUCAUGCAAAAUAGUCGAAAAACAAAUAAUGAUUUGCCAUUGACAUCCUGUAUACGAUUAUCACCGUACAAGAAAUGGUCUACACCAGCUUAUCAGCACGUUAUAAGUGAUAAUAUGGAAUCACUUGCUCGCAAUAGUGGCCGUAAUAAUAUGACCACACGAAAUGCAGUUAGUGCAUUAAAUUCAUCACCGAUUAAAGACAAUAUUUUAUAUGAGCCGUAUAAAAUGCGUCCGAUAAAGCCUAGUAUAAGUAUCGUUCAUCGUAAACAUUUAUCAGCAUCAUCACCCACCAAAGACACGAUUAAUAACGAUUUAGUCGUGAAUCAACAAUAUCCUCAACAAUCACCACAUCAUUCACAUCCACAUAGAGUUAAGACUGAUUUAAAAUCAAGUUCACCAGGUUCGGGUCGUUCAGGUCGUGAACGUGGCGGCGGCUAUUUAAAUGGCACAACAUCACCCGUCCAAUUAUCUGAAAAUUAUUCACCCAACGAUUACAUCGAUCCACCAAUCGAAUCGUAUGGACAAUCAACGUUUAGAAAAAUCAUCGAUAAUCGUGCCGAUAAAAAUGGUCUUAGUGUUGGUAUCAUUGAAGCAUCAUCACAUGAAAAAUCUCAACCGCAAUUUUGUCAAAUUCUUGAAAAUAAUUCGGAUCGAAUAAAAAAUAUUAAAUGUGGAAAUUCAAGCUGUAAUGGAUCCGAACCUUUAAAAGAAACUCAUAUUACCGGUAAUAAUAUGGCAACAGAUCAACGUUUUCAUGAUGAAGUAGCCCUAUUACGUGGAAAAGUACGUGAAUUAUCCAAAAAUAAAUCAUCCUUAACGCAAUUCAAUAGUAUUAAUAAUCAAUCGAAAAUUUUUAUAAAAAAGGAAAAAAAUCAUAUAAAAAAUGGUGAAAAACCACGAAAAUUACCUGUAAAACGUAGUCCAGUAUAUAUAAAGCAUGUACCAAAAAUUGUUAAUUUACAACACGCAUUAGAAAUUGAAGAUAAACCGGGCAUCGAAUUACGUGAAAAAGUUAUUAUUGUUGAGAAUCCAACACCAAGAAUUAUUAAGAAUACACGUCAACGUACUAAGAAUACCGAAAUUAAAACGUUAAUUAAUGAAAUUGUGCCAAAAACAUCGUCGUCGAAUCCGAGAACGUCACCAAUUCCUCAAUCAGUAUCACCACAAAACUCAUUAACACCGCCUGUAUCGUUAACACCAAGAAUGCCUACGCCUCCAACAACGCCAGCGCUUACAGUACCAAAUACUAGAUCGCUUAGAAGUGGUUCUUCACCUAGCGGAACAAGUGGUUCUUCACCGAGUGGUUCGAGAAAGCCUUCACCAUUACAUGUUGUAGCGAAAGAAGAACGACCAGUUACCCCGUUACAAGAGGUAGUCAAUGGUACUCAAAAAGAAAGUGGAAAUAUUACUCGAGAUGUUGAGAAACCUGUUCAGCCACAUUCGAAGCUUCGAAAGAAGACGAAAGAUUUGAAUAGUGAUUCGGAAUCUGAGUUAUCUGACAGUGAAUGUACGGACCCAGAUGAAGUGGAUGCGGAAGAGAAGCAAAUAAAUUAUGAAACCGUUUUAAGUGAAUUAGUUACAAUUAGAAAUGAUUUAUAUUUAUCGUAUACGACAAAUAACGAAUUUUUACGACAAUCUCCCACAAUUGGAGAAUCUGGUGAUACAGUUAAACAAUUGUCGGUAUUACGUCCAAGUUUAUUUCCCAAUGUGCCUCCAUAUUUACGAUUCUAUCCACAUGAUCAAGCUGGUCCAAAAUUACCAGCUACAAUACAACGACAAUUAAAAUGGCGUUUAAGUAAUAUUACACCGGUUAUCGUACGAAAAACAUUAAUUAAUUCUGGUUUUCGAUUAACUCGAGAAGGUCAGACAGAAAAUAAUGAUUGGAUUGGUAUAUGGGGUAAACAUAUAAAAUCACCAUUAUUCAAACAUUUAAAAGACCAUCAAAAGAUGAAUCAUUUUCCUGGUACAUUUCAAUUAGGACGUAAAGAUCGUUUAUGGCGUAACACACAAAAGUUACAAAUAAAAUUCGGUAUUAAAGAAUUCGAUUAUGUUCCAAAAACAUAUAUUUUACCACAAGAUUUAAAACAAUUACGUCAUGUAUGGGAGAAAGGUGAGGGUGUUGUGAAAUGGAUAUUAAAACCACCAGCUAGUGCACGAGGUAGUGGUAUACGUGUUGUUAAUAAAUGGAAUCAAAUACCAAAAAAGAAACCAUUGGUCGUUCAACGUUACAUUGAUAAUCCAUAUUUAAUAAAUGGUAGUAAAUUUGAUUUACGUUUGUAUGUGUUGUUAACUAGUUUUGAUCCGUUACGAAUAUAUUUAUAUCCGGAUGGUUUAGCACGAUUUGCAUCAGUUAAAUAUAGUUCGGAUUCAAAUUCAUUGGAUAAUAGAUAUAUGCAUUUAACUAAUUAUAGUAUAAAUAAAUUAUCUAGAGAUUACACAGCAAAUGAAGAUGCUGGGGCAUGUCAGGGUCAUAAAUGGACAAUACAAGCUUUAUGGGAUUAUUUAAGUAAGAAUGGUGUAAAUACAAGUGCAUUAUGGGCAACAUUACAAGAUUUAGUGAUAAAAACAAUAAUUAGUGGUGAAUCUGGAAUCACACAAUUGUUACGUGGUAAUGUUGGUUCUCGUUAUAAUUGUUAUGAAUUGUUUGGUGUUGAUGUUCUACUGGAUGAACAUUUAAAACCUUGGUUAUUAGAGGUGAACAUAUCUCCGUCGUUACAUUCAACAUCCCCCCUGGAUCUUUAUGUUAAAGGGCCAUUAGUACAAACAUUAUUAAACAUGGCACAAUAUCAUAUACCAACGGAUACGUUAACACAACAGCAACGAUCGAAUGUCCUUAAGAAUUUAGGUAUGAAUAAAACUAGUAGAUUAUUUAGUCAUCAACAAACAACAAACACAUCGUCAUCAUCGCCACCAUCACCAUCAUCCAAAACAACCACAACAACGAAUGGAUCACCUGGUGCGUUAAACCAUAAACAAAAACGUCAUUACUCUACGAAUGGUAAAGUGAAUGGACACGGGGGUCAUCAUGAUGAUGAUGAUGAUGAUAAAACCAAUGGUGAUGAUAGUGCCGCUUCGGCUGGUGGUGAUUAUUCAAUGUUUGAUAUACCGUUAUCGUUUGAUGGACGAAUAUACACGUUAAAUCUAUCGACGAAUGAACGGUUAAAACAAAAUAUAAUGACUUCAUAUCAACAUAGGUCUGAUUAUUUAGAAGAUAUAUUAACAAAUUUAACACCAGACGAUGUUCGACAUCUGAUAAUAGCCGAAGAUGAAUUACAAGCAGCUGGUAAAUUUCAAAAAAUAUUCCCUACAAAAAAUACAUACCAUUAUUUAUCGUUAAUGGAACCACGAUAUUAUGAUCGAUUGUUUGAUGCAUGGGAGCAUAAAUAUAGUUCAAAUAAAAUAUUAGGUAUUGGUUUGUUACAAGCGUGCUGUGCUAGAAAAUAUCAUUUAAUUGUGCCACCAACACCAAAAAUAAUGAAAGAGAAUACUCCCCAGGAGACGCAGGAGAAAUGCGACAAUCCGAUCACAGUAGAGAAUUAUCACCAUCAUCUUCAACAUCAAGCUGUACAUCCAUUAACGCAUACACCGAUACCAUCGACAGGCGGGACUACUAUGUUAGACGAGGAAGGACCCAAUCAAAAAUCUAGACCAAGAUUUGUGAGACGACGUCGGCGGUACGUUUAUGGUGGUUAUGGUCAUAAUAAUUAUGGCCGUGUUACGUUCAAACAUUAUCCAUCUGUACGAUACACAACACGGUAUCUUGUUCGCAAACGUAAAUCACGGCCUUUAGAUACGUCAGGGACAUCAGGAACAUCAACACCGCCACCGUCUAGGCGACAACAUUUCCAAGAAGAAGAAGAUCAUACGGAAAUUAUUGAAAAUCAAUCAACCAAUAAUAGCUGAUUAUUAAUUACGCUAAGGAUUUAUUAAUAUUUAAAUUGUACAGUGAACAAAAUUUAAAAAAUCCCCUAUUUUUUUAAUUAUUAAUUAAUUAUAAGUUUUUGCAAAUUAUCAUCAAGAAAAACCGUUAACUGUAGUUAGUCUUUUGUCUGUCAAUUUUUUUUCGCCAUUUUAGUUCUUUUUUAAAUAUUUUUUAUAAAAUUUUCUAGAACAGAAGAUGUUGGCAGGUCAGGAUGCUCUUUUUUGCGUUACUUCUGUCUCGAAACGAAUUGAAAAGUACAUUAGUUUUUAUUAAGAUGAGGAAAAAAUUGCAAGAUAGUUGUCUAUUUUUCAAUAAUGCUACGAUUUUUUUCGGUUCUAUCAUGCAUUUUUCGAAAGUUUACACCAAAUUGUAAAUUCAAACGCCAGUGACGAUUGGCUCCCAGCAUCAACGGAAAUCAAGACGUUACAACUAAUCACAAGUCGUUUUUUUUAUUCAACAA